AUGACGGCGCCGCUCGGGCUCCCCCCGCGCUGGCCCGACGGCCUCGCCUGCCGCUGCGAGGACGCCCCGCGGGAGAAGAACCGCAUGGAAGGGCUGGGGCACUGCCGGGAGAUGAUGCCCCACGCGGGGCUCGCCGUGCCCACCGCCCCGCCGCCGCCGCCGCCGCCGCCGCCGCCGCCGCAGGGAGCCGCGUACGCGGAGCUGGCGGCCGCCGAGCCCCCCCGGCAGUGCCCGUCGGGGGCGGCUUCCAGCGCGGCGCUGGGCUACGGUUACCCCUUCGGGGGGGGCUACUACGGCUGCAGGUUGUCCCACUCCCACGGAGUCAACUUGCAGCAGAAACCCUGCGCUUACCACCCCGGCGAGAAGUACCCCGAGGCCGGCGGGCCCCUGCCCGGCGAGGAGCUGCCGUCGAGGGCCAAGGAAUUCGCCUUUUAUCCCGGUUUUCCCGGCUCCUACCAGGCGGUCCCUGGCUAUUUGGACGUGUCGGUGGUGCCGGGGCUCGGGGGUCACCCGGAACCGAGACACGACGCUUUGCUUCCCAUGGAAGGUUACCAGCACUGGGCUCUUUCUAAUGGCUGGGAUGGGCAAGUGUACUGCUCCAAAGAGCAAUCGCAGUCCGCACACCUCUGGAAAUCACCUUUCCCAGACGUGGUCCCCUUACAACCCGAAGUCAGCAGCUAUAGGAGGGGACGGAAAAAAAGGGUCCCUUACACCAAAAUCCAGCUGAAGGAGCUGGAAAAGGAGUACGCGGCCAGCAAAUUCAUCACCAAAGAGAAGAGGAGGAGGA